AUGGGUACAGCAGGUAUGCAGACCGGGGAACGUAGCUCAGGGAUGGUGGAACCCCUCAUUAUGGGCACAGAAGCUGUGGAGACGCAGGAGCUCAGCACAGGGAUCGUGGGAGCCCCUCGUAAUGGAAACACCUGGUGUUCAGACCCAGGAAUUCAGUGCAGGAAAGAAAGGGAGUUGGACCGAUCUGUUGUUUACGCGCUCAUUCUUCAGGUCAACAAAGAUUAUAGCAGUGAAGUCAACAGGGUGACUCAAGGUGACAUCCUCUUGAAAAGGAUCUCGCGAGUAGCUACCAGCUGCACGUCCUGUCUCUGGCCCAUAGCUUCAGAUGGCACUGUUCGUGUGCCGUUUAUCCUUAAUAAUGCAGGCUAUUCGAACAGCGACUUGGCCCUAAUCCGCAAUGCCAUGCAAGAAUAUGAAGCGCUGACCUGUGCGCGGUUCGUCAGUCGUACCACAGAGAGCAGCUACCUCAACAUUACAUCUUCAGGAGGUUGUUUUUCUUUCGUUGGACGAACUGGGGGUGCUCAAAUACUUCAACUGUACUCAUCCGGCUGUAUGAAGCGUGGCAUUAUACAACACGAGCUACAACAUGCUCUGGGAUUUUACCAUGAAAUUACCCGAAGUGACAAAGAUAGCUAUAUUAUCAUCAGGGAUGAGUUCAUCAUUCCAGAAUAUCUUAACAGCUUUCACAAGUUAGAAGGAAAUACCUUGGGCUUGCCAUAUGACUACAACUCCGUUAUGCACUAUGACAGGUACGCGUACACCACGAAUGACAGUGAGCCCACCAUCGUACCUACUCCUGAUCCGAAUGUACCUGUUGGACAAAGAUAUGGAUUGAGUGAUCUGGAUGUCCAAAAAAUUAACAAACUCUAUAAAUGCAAUGUGUGCAGUACCUUGUUGAAUGAAGAAAGUGGAACCUUCUCUUCAACCAGCUUUGCCACUGGAUAUCCCAACAACAUGAUCUGUGUUUGGCUGAUCCGUGUUCCUAAUGGACAGGUUGCCCUCACAUUCAAUUAUUUCGAUAUCCAGAACACCGCUGGGUGUGUUGCUGACUACAUAAGGAUUUAUGAUGGACCCACCAGGAACUACCCCUUGUUGUUGGACAGAGCAUGUGGUACAGUUCAGACUCCUACAAUCAUUUCCUCCACAGAACAGAUGCUGAUUGAAUUUGUCAGUGAUGGCUCUGUUCCCUCUGCGGGGUUCAAAGCUUCAUAUACAACAGGUAACUUCCAGUGCUCACCAUAG